GUGAGAACUGUCCGAGUCUGAGGAAUGGAUGAUAGUUCCUCGCGGGCUGCCAGGCGACCAGCAUCCCCCGAGGCGGUGCGCUGUACCCUCGCUGCUCCUGUGUGUGUCCAGAACGAAGUACAGGAGCGAAUCCCAGCAUAUAUUCUGAAAGCGCUGAAGAAAAGCAAAUACUAACAAAAAUUUAUAGAAAACACAGCAAAAACUAAAAGAACUAAAAAAAAAAAACAGCAAAAAGACAAUGAAAGUGUUAAUAAUGAGGAAAGCAGUGAAGAUCGAGGCGUGUGUGUUUUGAAAGUCCCCGUCACACGUGAACCAAUGGCAAGAUAACUGAAGGAAAGAGAGAGAGAGACGGGUAGAAAGCGAUAGAAAAGAAGGAAGAAGGUAUAAUUAUGCUCCAUAAAAAGUGCGCGGGCGUGACUCUUGUGUGAGACUCAUUCUCCGUAACCCUUUCCCUCUUUCCUCUCUUUCUCCUAAUCUCUCUUUCUCCUUUUUUAAUCAUUUUCUUUUUUACUACCUCUACCUAGCGACUUGAAUUUGACACACGUGAUUCGAAGUGUCUAUGUAACGCGAUUUAUUCAUUUAUUUUUUUUCUGUGCUACAAAGUUGAAAAAUUCCGCCAAGAUGAUUCACGGAGGGAUGAGGAGAGCGGGUGUUGGUCUGGCCGGCGUGCUGCAUGGUGUGUUGCUGCUACUGAUGCUGCUGCUGCCGGCCUCACGUCACGUCACAGGUGCUACACUGGAUCCUAAAGAUCACCCAGACACAGUGAAGGCAGUGGUGGGCGAGACAGCGAGAAUCCCGUGCCUGGUGCCCCUGACAGACACCGACAAUAUUUACUUCAUCUCCUGGACCAAAAGAGGCAUCGCGGGCCGUGUUUUCAGCGUGGACAUGCGAGAACCAGACAACCCACAGGCUUUCGUCGCGGGGCAGCUGUUCGGCUCUCGCGCAGAGCUUGAUUUCCAGGGCAGAUUUCCAUACCUGAAGGUGGAAGACUUGCUGGAAAAGGACGCUGGUCACUACACAUGCCAGGUAGAGAUCAGGAAAAAGAGGACGCAGGUUGCCGAGUCCACGCUCAAAAUCAUUGUACCUCCCGGCGACCCAACCAUUCUGAGUGAGGACGGCAGGGAGGUGGACAUUCUCGGCCCUUACAAUGAGGGGGACACCAUCAGCGUUACGUGUCGGGUGAUUGGAGGCCAGCCCUCGCCGCGGGUCUCGUGGUUUCAGGAGCAACAAGUGCUGGACGAGGAAGCUGAACAACGCGAGAAACAGGUGGUCAAGAACACACUCCGCCUGGGACCCCUCACCCGAGAACACUUCGGCACCAACUACUCCUGCCAGGCCGUCAACUCUGAUCAGGUCGGGCCACGCAGCAAGGAGGUCACCCUUCAGAUGUACCUUAAGCCACUGACGGUGGAGAUCAAGAAGCCCGACCAUCCCCUGGUGGUGGGUCGGCAGUACAACAUUACCUGUGAGAGUCGUCACGGCCUCCCCCCGGCAGACAUCACCUGGUGGUUCCUCGGCAAGAAGAUCAAUGCUACUCAGAUUUCUAACGAGAUUCGAGGCAACACGUCUCUGAGCACGCUGAGGUUCCAGCCCAAGGUGAAGAACGCCGGGGAGGAGCUGCAGUGCCACGCCGAGUCCAGCAAGAUUAAACACGCCCCUCUGGUUGACUCCUGGCGCCUCGAGGUCCACUAUGCCCCAGACGUCAGGUUAGAAAUGGCACCAGGCCUCGACCUUCACAACGUGCGUGAGGGAGAUGACGUGACCUUGGUGUGUCACGUCAAAGCCAUUCCAGAGCCCAAGAUCAUCUCGUGGUACCAUAAGCUAAUGGAGGUGAACUACGACGCCUCUGCUGGGAUAGAGAGAAGCGGCUACUCACUCCACCUCAGAAACGUGACCCGCCGACAGUCUGGCUCCUACACCUGCCAUGCCUCCAACAUAUACGGAUCGGGGGAGAGUCACCCUAUCAUCCUUAACGUAAUGUAUGUUCCAUAUUGCACGGAAAAAGAGAAAGUUUACCGAGGAGCGGCGAAAAAAGAUGACGUUGAAUUGGAGUGUAACGUGAAAGGGUCACCAGGAAACAUCACUUUCUCUUGGUUCAUUCUCACCCCAGAGGGAUCGCAACCCAUCCCAGAGGAGAACUACACGACACAAGACCUCACUUCGCGCCUCACCUACCAUGUGCAUGAUGAGGAAUACUACCGGAACGUCACGUGCUACGGGGAGAACCUGGUGGGAAAGAUGGAAGAGCCGUGUGAGUUCCAGGUGACCCCCGCGGGUAAGCCUGAUCCCUUAGAUAAUUGCACAGUCUUCAACCAGAGCAGUGAGGCGCUGUUCGUCUACUGUUUCCCGGGAUACAACGGGGGACUCAAGCAGCAUUUUGGGGUGCACGUUUAUGAAGACGCGGAAGGAAUCCGUCUCAAUAUUAAGAACCACACGGAAAUCUCUGAGCCGAAAUUCACAGUAGAUGGUCUGCGCGCGGAAACCGAAUAUCUCCUGUCUAUUUACGCAGAAAACUCCAAAGGAAAGAGUGAGGAAAGAAAAAUUUACGGCUUUACUCUUCCUGCUGUCGGAAGGCCGGUACACAUCUUCCCCAUCACUCCAGUGCUGGGGGUGCUGAUCGGGGUGGUGGGGGCCCUGGUGCUCGUGGCCAUCGUGGUGGUGGUGGUGAUGAAACUCAAAGGAGACUCAAGAAGAGAGAGAAUUCUGCGCCACGUAGCUGAGCAAGGAAUCAAGCUGCCACAGGCCCCUCUACACCCCAAGGACGACGCGACCUACGAAAACGUGGACGGCAUUCCCCCGAAACUGAAACACGCCAAUAUCUACGAAACGGUUCCUUACGACAAAGAAAAAAGCAGCAAUAAUGAGGACUCAGAGAAGGACGACGUGGAGUACGCUGAGCUCACCUUCAACAACGGCAAGAACAAGAACAAGAGCAACAAGCGCGGGGGAGGACCAGGCGGUGCUAACGGAGUAAUUAGAAACGCAGAUGACAACACCAUUUACGCGACCAUCGACCACACACGCACAGAGGCACAGAAUCAACAGCAACCACAGCCGCUCAUUCCCCACCAGCAGCACCAGCAACACCCGCAGGCCGCCAGUAAGCAGGGCAAGCCGAAAAAGCAGGUAUAUGUCGCUCAGCCAGGCAACAAGACAGGGAAACAUGUGGCAGGAGACCCUAACGUGCAGCCUCAACGGGAAGCUGACGAAAUACCACUCAUGGAUGCGGCAUUGGAGAGCAGCGUAUGAAGUGAUGGAGAGAGAGAGAGAGAGAGAGAGAGAGAGAGAGAGAGAGAGAG